AUGGACUCAGAGAAGUUGAGCUUCCAGGCUGGAGAGGCCAAGGGCCAAGCUCAGGAGAAGGCAAGCAACUUGGUAGACAUGGCUAGCAAUGCAGCUCAAUCUACAAAAGAAACCAUGCAACAGGCUGGUCAGCAGAUGAUGGCAACAGCACAAGGAGCUGCUGAAGCUGUGAAGAAUGCAACUGGCAUGAACAAAUGA